UCUCCAUCUCAAAAUCCAAAUCCCGUUACAAAAAUUAAUGAUAUUUUAAAUUAUGUAAAUAACUUGCAAGAUCUUGAAUUAAUUCUCAAUCCACCUUAUCAACCCACACUUAGUCUUGACUCUACUUUUACCAGCUU